ACUUUCGGAUCUGAAAUGGGUUGUGAUUAGAUUUUUCAUAUGAUGAUGAUAAUAGCAAUGAUUUUGUACUGAAAAUUUUUGAUACUCUGUUUUGUUUUUUUUUAAUGUUUUAGUAUUUAAAUUCAAUGCCUUAAAGAUCUCAUAGCCAUGAGGAAAAAGCUCGAUACCAGAUUUCCUGCUGCUCGGAUUAAAAAGAUCAUGCAAGCUGAUGAGGAUGUUGGAAAGAUAGCAUUGGCAGUUCCUGUUUUAGUUUCUAAAGCGUUGGAGUUAUUUUUGCAAGACCUCUGUGACCGUACAUACGAGAUAACCCUUCAGAGAGGAGCAAAGACUAUGAGUUCAUUGCAUUUAAAACAUUGUGUGCAGAGCUAUACUGUGUUUGAUUUUCUGAAGGAGGUAGUCAGCCGAGUUCCAGACUAUAGUCAUGGUCAUUCUGAUGCUGGUGGCGAGGAUCGUGCCAUUUCAAAGAGAAGAAAAGCUGCAGGCGAUGAAUGCAAUGACAGUGAUGAGGAGUUGAAGAAGAGCAAGAUGCAUGAGAUGAGUCAUGCGCAUGCCAGCAGCAGUGGUAGAGGAAGAGGGCGGGGUCGAGGGAGAGGUCGUGGACGAGGCCGUGGAACGAUAGAAAGAGAGGCGCACCAUAUUGAUACUGGAUCUGACCCCAGCACGUCGCUUCAGCAGGGCAACAAACAUAAUCAGAACCCUGACACAUUGAUGGAUAAUGGUUCUGAGGCAAAGGAAUUGUCAAAGGAGAAUAUUGCCACUACAGAUGGUGCCAACCCAGCAGCUCGAAGUUUUGAUCUGAAUGCCAAUGUUGAUGAUAAUGAGGACACAAAGGCCACAGCAGCAGCGGCGACAGCAGCAGCAGCAGCCGCAGCCCCGGCCUCCUCAGCUGGGCCUACUACCGAGACUAGACACGAAGAAUACCCCGGAUGGUCUCUUUCUGAUGUGGACAAGAUGGCCAUCGACCCUCUUCAGCUUGCACACCUCAGCAAAAGGUUAGACGAGGAAGAUGAAGAUUACGACGAAGAGGGGUAACAAUGCAUGAAAUGGACACUUAUUGUAAUAGUUAGUAAUUGAAAUCAGAUUAAAGCUAGCUCAGUGGCAAAGGGAAUAAAAGAACAUAUUGGCGAUGAAAACAUGGCCCAUGAAGGUUUCCACAAGAUCAGGAAAGUCCCUUAUUUCUUUCUUAGUUUGUCUUCAUCACCACGUGUUUCUGUCAUGCCAUUUGCUAACUAUCAUUUCCAAAGGUAGCUCUCCCUGACAAUUGAAGAUAUAUUAGUUUGUUCACAUUCACUAUUAAUCAAUGUAUGGCAGCCUUGGUAGAGGUAGAUUAGAAGCUUUUCUUUAUUAUAUUUUGUUUGAUUAUGGUUGUUAGUUAUUAGAUCAAGUCAAUUCACUUGGUGGUUUUACUUCCUCAGGUGAAAAUAUGUUUUAGAGUAUGUUCUAUUAGAUUGUCCAGACUGCUUGCUGUAAUACAUUUCGUUAGCCUUAUGCAUAAUGAUGGAAUGUUACUAGUUGAGACUGUUUUCUGAA